CCGCGUUCCUAUAGGCUGGCGUAGGCCGUCUUCCGGCCGGGGCGGGCUCCCGCCGUGGCGGGAAAACGGCGGCCGCGGCGUCUUCUCUGGGACGCUGAGGGGCCGGAGGAGGCCGUGAGGCUCUGGUCUGCCGCUCGCGCCGCCAUGGACGCGGCCGAGGUCGAGUUUCUUGCCGAGAAGGAGCUGGUUACCAUUAUCCCCAACUUCAGUCUGGACAAGAUCUACCUCAUCGGGGGGGACCUGGGGCCUUUUAACCCUGGUUUACCAGUGGAAGUGCCCCUGUGGCUGGCGAUUAACCUGAAACAAAGACAGAAAUGUCGCCUGCUCCCUCCGGAGUGGAUGGACGUAGAAAAGUUGGAGAAGAUGAGGGAUCAUGAACGAAAGGAAGAAACUUUUACCCCAAUGCCCAGCCCUUACUACAUGGAACUUACCAAGCUCUUGUUAAAUCAUGCUUCUGACAACAUCCCGAAGGCAGAUGAAAUCCGGACCCUGGUCAAGGAUAUGUGGGACACUCGUAUAGCCAAACUCCGAGUGUCUGCUGACAGCUUUGUGCGACAGCAGGAGGCACAUGCCAAGCUGGAUAACUUGACCUUGAUGGAGAUCAACACCAGCAGGACUUUCCUUACAGAAGCGCUCAACCACAUGUACAAACUCCGCACGAACCUCCAGCCUUUGGAGAGUACUCAGUCUCAGGACUUCUAGAGAAAGGCCUGGUGCAGACGGCUUGCUGGGGGAUGUGAGUGCUCAGGACGUGAUGAGGUACUCGUGGUUCUGGAGCUCUAGAAACACUUCUGAUGCAUGAAAAAUGGUGAUGGUGCAAGCAAUGGAUUCAGGACAUUGUUGGAGAAACAACAAGUUUGUGAUUAGUCCUUAAAGCUUAGCUCCCUAGGACAUUCUUCAAUUCCACAUCUGUUUCUAGAAACCAGCCUUCCCCCCUCCCAGCCUUUUGAGAAAUAAAAAAGCUUUAGGCAAAUAAGUUAUUCUCCGUAGCAGAGCCAGUUGGGUCUCCUGCAUGGAAACUGUCACACUUGGGCAAGUGUUCAGUGACUGGUAGGUGUAGAUAUAGCAGGAGUGGCCAUGUGGUCCAGUUUUCUUCCCCCUUCUUGAUCCUGAUUUCUUGGGCUGAAUUUAGACUCUCCCACAGAGGUGGCUCACAGAGAAGGAUGGCAGAUGGUGUAGCUAGCAAUGCUGACCAGUGCUGAUCCUCUAAGCCCUGAUCCACAAUAAAAAUGGACCCAACUCAACUCUGACUCUUUAGGCUUUUGUCCUGCCUAACUACCAAGUAAAAGGACUGCGCCUGUGGCUGAGAUGACUCAGUAAAUGAAACCGAGGCACACAGCAGUCAACUGGAAACUGCAGACCAACACCUGUGGUGUCUCCUUCUCUUGGCUACUUCUAGCUCAGGUUUAAUGAGUUGCUUAUCAAGAGAGUCAGGAAAAAAACGAAUGCAUUGUAUUGAGCAUGAGUCACACUUAAGACAAUGCUGGAAGAAAAGUCAGACUUUUAAUGCUGCUCUUGAUGGAAUUAGGGAAAGAUUCUUUGUUGUAGGUAACAGUGGGCUCAGGGGAAAUUAUUUUUUUUCUAAGAGAAAACUACUUCAUUCGUAGCAUUUUGGAAUUGUUAGGUCCUUUACAGAAAUUACAUUACCUUGAGAGGUGAAAUGAUGGUCUAGCAUCAUGCAAUGGAUAGAAGGUUCUGUAACCAGCUUUAAAAAAAGCUUUAAUUUUUGGCUGGGCACGUUGGCUCAUGCCUGUAAUCCCAGCAAUUUGGGAGGCCAAGGCAGGUGGAUCACAGCGUCAGGAGAUUGAGACUAUCCUGGCUAACAUGGUGAAACCCCGUCUCUAUUAAAAAUACAAAAAAAAAAACUUGCUGGGUGUGUUGGCACGCGCCUAUAGUCACAGCUACUCGGGAGGCUGAGGCAGGAGAAUCGCUUGAACCCGAGACGCGGAGGUUGUAGUGAGCCAAGAUUGUGCCAUGUACUCCUGCCUGGGCAAUGAGAGCAAGACUCCAUCUGAAACAAAAACAUUUAAUUUUUAACUUUGUUUUUAGAUAGGGUCUCGUUCUGUCACCCAGGCUGCAGUAGAGUGGCUUGGAUUAUAGCUCACUGCAGCCUCGAACUCUUGGGUUCACACAGUCCUUCCACCACAGCCUCCCAAAGCACUGGGAUUGUAAGCAUGAGCCGCCAUGCCUGGCCAGCCUAUUUUUGGCUGGACACCAGUGGGCCAAAAGCAGUGGGGUGCUGUCUGGGGAGCUCUGAGAAUGUACAUGUGUGACAGGCUGAGCCUAAAGAGUAUCACCCAGCGUCUGCCCUCCAGUGUGUAGCGUGCUGCGCACUAUCACUCCAUGUUGCUGCCCAUGUGUCCCCACCAGGCAGGUAUUGGUGGUUAUUUGGACACUGAAGGGUCAGACCUGGAAGACUGGGACCAAAAGAUGUCUCCAUAAUUUAAGGUGCUGUUCAGAGUUGGUUCAGCUCAUAGGACUUGUUCUUUCAUCUCCCCCUUCCUUGGAAUCCUCCUGCUUUCAUCUGGGGAUCUUUUAGAAUGAAACCACGUGUUAUUGUGGAGGGCAAGGGGUCCUAAUGCCCUCCUCUUAGAGCCUGAGCCAGUCGAGGCAGCUGCAUCUGUCUACAUGUUUUAUCUGCGGAGAUGUAUAGUUAUUGAGCUUUUCUUUGUUUAGCCUUGUUUUAUUAUAUCAUGAAAAAGAUUUUCCUCAACAUGAUUUAGGAAGAUUUUAUUUUUUGGAUGUUGUCAGAAAUUACAGCCAUAUAUUCAUAAAUACCUAAUUACUACAUUCAACAAAUAAUAUUACAAUACAAUUAAUUCAAACAAGUACACUUAGAACAGGUUUAAUUUCACAGCAUCUAAACUGCCCCCAGAGUGACCGAGGCACCGGUGUUCCUCCCUCCCACCUGUGUAUGGGUUUACUGUUCUAGAAUUAAGCACAGGGUACAUACAAAAUAACACCAAUUAGCAUGAUCUUCCUCAGGUCAAGGCAGAGUGAAGGAGUUUUUUUAGGUUAAGGACUGGAUCAAAAAGUUGGGGACAGGCUACUGCAAGUAGUAAGAAAGUCCACAGCUUGGUUACUUGAAAGAAUAUAGAGAUUGCUAAGUGGCUAAUAUACACUUUAAAGAGGAACAGAAUUGGUUUGUGCUGACCAUCUCCAUCUUGUGGUGGAUCCCUGGAAUUUUCUACACUGUGUGAAACACAUGGCUCAGGGAAAGGGGUAGUAUCUGGUUUGAAAUUCAGCUUAAUUUUUGAGAUUUGGCAGUAUUAUGAGCUACUUGUGGAAAAUACCAUUCUGCUACAAGCUGCAGAUUCCCUGUGUUAGAAUCCUUCGCUGCUGUAAGUGUGGGCUCCUUUUGAUGCUCUCUGAAUACUCUUAAGGGUGCAACCUAUCAGAAUGUUAGUCCCAAUUCAGUGCUUUAUUCCUUUAAGAUUAGAAUGUAGACUAAAAUGUGGAAAAUCCCGUCUUGGUCACUUAUCUGAGACAACGGAUUAGGAACAUAUUUUAUCAUGUCAGUCUGGCUCUGACUACAUGAAACAAAAAUAACUUGUUUCAGCGAGGAACCAGAUAAUUUACUUGGAAGGUAUCCCUCUGCAGAGGGACAGAUGGCAGCUCCCUUCCAGGUAAUGUAGGAAGACGGUCCAAGGACCGAGCUGAGGGCUUUCACGUACAUCCUGACACACAGGUGUCAUAAUCGACUCCAGAGCAGAUUUGACAUAUUCAGUGUGAAGUAGCUGAACAAAAAACUUAAGAGAUUGCAUGUCAAUUUUUAAGCCCAACUGAAAACAGAUUUAGGUGCUACUGUGUUGAGAAUAAUCUGAAAGUAAGUUUUCAAAGUAUGAAACUAAACUAAUUGCUGGAUGGGAAAACGA